AUGACGUCCAUGCUUUUCAAUAUUGCUAUCGACUGGGUCCUUUGUCGAACAAUGGAAGAUCAGCGAAGAGGCAUAAGAUGGACCCCUUUUACUAUACUCGAAGACUUCGACUUCGCAGAUGAUUUAGCCCUAUUGUCCCACACACGACGUCACAUUCAGGAAAAGACAGACCGGCUCAGCAUGUUCAGCAACCAGGUCAGCUUGAGAACUAGCUUGAAGAGGACGGAGGCCAUGUGUGUUAAUGUCCCUUCCCCAACAAAGAUCAGGGUGAGAGGACAGGACAUUUCAUACACCAAUAAGUUCACAUACCUCGGAAGUGUGCUCUGCCAACAUCGGAGUACUAGUGUAGAUAUACAAAGCAGAUUGAACAAAGCAAGAAUUGCUUUUAUGAGCUUAAGAUUAGUGUGGAGGUCAGCAAGCUACAGCACAAAGACGAAGCUUAGAAUCUAUCAGAGCUGCGUAUUGUCAACUCUCCUUUACGGCUCGGAAUGCUGGCGAAUGACAGAACAGGACCUCUCAAAACUAGCAUCCUUCCACACAGCUAACCACAGAAAAAUAUCAAACGACCAGCUACUGAGGCAAACCAAGCAGGAGGAUAUUCAUACACUUGUCAACAGGGGAAGAUGGAGGUGGAUCGGUCAUGUGAUGCGGAAGGCCAGUAACAACAUAGCCAGAAUUGCAAUGCACUGGACACCUGAAGGCAAACGAAGCAGAGGGCGCCCGAAAACAACUUGGCGCAGGACAGUAGAGAAGAGACUAAGGGGGCUCAAUUACAGCUGGAGCACCAUUGAAAAACUGGCUAAAGAUAGGCAGGGUUGGAAGGAUUUCGUUGCUGCCCUAUGUGCCACACAGGCAUGA